AUGACGGAAUACUUCGAGUUCAAAGCUAAUGAAAAGAUGGAGUAUAGAAGGUAUAUUCUCAUUUCUGCUCUUUUUUCGGUACCUGAUGAGGAUUCGUCCCUUCUAGGCUCGGGCUUUCUGGCCUUCGUGUCUCAAAUCUUUCUCUGGGAGGAUGUAAGGUUGACAAUUGGAGGCACGGUGAAAGGAGACCCAGUUCGAGACAUCAUCAAGUGCGCUUGGGAAAAUGGAGUCAACUUUAUCGAUACAGCAGAAGGUAUUGGAUGUCACUCACUCAUGAAUAAAUCCAGUUCAACUGAUUAUCACGAAUUGAAGGGUAUGCCGAGGGACAGUCAGAGCGCGAAAU